AGCUCCUGGAGUGACUGGCGCAGCCUGCCCCAUGGACGCCUCCUCUAGCCCAUGGGAUCCAACCCAGGCUUCUGCCAGCAGCCCUCUCCUGCUGCUGCCCAUUCCUGCCAUCGUCUUCAUUGCCGUGGGCAUCUACUUGUUGCUGCUGGGCCUAGUGCUGCUGACUAGGCACUUCCUGCUGGCCCAGGGCUGCUGCACAGACUGCAGCUCCCCCUGCAGGAAGAAAGGUGCCUUACAAGACUGUUGCUGGACCUGUGCAGAAGCCUGUGACUUCCCUCUGCCCAGCCCAGGCCGCUAUCUGGAUGCCUGCUGCCCCCAACCCAGCGAAGCUGGUUGGGCUCCUCAGUGCCCCCGCUGCUGCCCGCUCUGCGACUGUGCCUGUGCCUGCCAACUUCCAGACUGCCAGAGCCUCAACUGUCUCUGCUUUGAGAUCAAGCUCCGAUGA